AUGUCUCGACCAAAUCGCCGAAGGCGCGAAGGCACGAAGGAGAAGAUACUCUCAGAGGUGAGGGGGUUGGUAGGACUGAAAGAAGUCAAAGAACAGUUUGACAAUAUCGAGAGCUGCAUUCGCAUUUGCCACCUCCAGCAAACAAAUCCCAGAGCAGAGCGUUGGCAUGCCGUUUUCCAGGGAAAUCCAGGAACCGGAAAAACCACCGUUGCUCGACUAUAUGCAAAGUUUCUGCGAUGCAUGCACAUCGUCCAAUCGCGAACAUAUAAAGAGACCUCUGGAGCACAACUCGUGUGUAUGGGACCGAAAGAAGUCAAAGAACUAUUUGAAUCACCAGGUGCCAACCCGCUUCAAAGUUUUCUAGGCGGCAGAGCUCCCCAGCGGCUAGCGCCGCCGCGCGGCGGUCAUUCCGACGACGAUGACGAUGAUGAAGAUGAUGACCCAGCGUCAUUUAAGCGCACCAGCUCUUCACUUGAGCCAGGCUGUCUCUCGGACGGAGGAGUUUUGUUUGUGGAUGAAGCAUACCAACUCACCGCUCCACAUGUACCAAGUUCCGGACGUCAAGUUCUAGAUAUCAUCCUUACGGAGAUUGAGAACAAUAUUGGCAAUCUGGUUGUCAUAUUUGCGGGAUACAAAGAGGAGCUUGAAUCGUUUUUCGGACACAAUCCAGGACUGCAAAGUCGAAUACCACAUAUCUUCCCCUUCAAAGAUUUUAACGACCAAGAAUUGCUACAUAUCCUCGCGAAUCGGAUUCAGAAGAAAUAUAAUAGUAAAAUGAAUGCUGAAGAUGGACUCUAUGGAAAAUUUAUGCGGAUAGCUAUCCGUCGACUAGCCAGCAGCCGAGGGAAGAAAGGAUUUGGCAACGCUCGUGCCGUGGAAAACGUCUUACUCAAAAUAUGGGAGCGACAAGCUAAGCGACUAUCGAAGUAUAAACAUUUAGCACAGGGUCAUGUUUUCACAUUUACAAAAGAAGAUAUACUGGGGCCAGAUCCUGACGACGUGAGACGUACAAGCUUAGCUUGGAACAAACUUAACCAGCUUACCGGACUGAAGGAAGUCAAAGAGUCUAUUAACAACAUGUUUGAGGCGCUUGUGGUGAAUUACAAACGAGAAAUGGCCGAACUAGCACCGUUGACCUUUUCAUUGAAUAGAAUCUUUAUCGGCUCACCAGGUACAGGCAAAACAAGUGUUGCCAAAUUGUACGGCCAGAUAUUGGUUGACUUGGGCUUACUUAGUAAUGGCGAGGUGGUCACCAAGAAUCCUGCCGAUUUUAUUGGAGAGGCUGUCGGGAAAUCAGAAGCAAACACCAAGUCUAUCCUGGCUGCUACGGUCGGCAAAGUCCUCAUCAUCGACGAGGCUUAUAUGUUAGAUCCGGGAGAGUCGUCUAAGCACAGUGAUUCAUACAGGUCCUCUGUGCUUGAUACACUGGUUGCUGAAGUGCAAAGUGUACCCGGAGAAGAUCGCUGUGUAAUUCUUCUUGGGUACGAAGAUAGACUAAAAGAGAUGUUUCGCAACGCCAACCCGGGCCUCUCCGGGAGAUUUGCAGCAGACAAACCAUUUCGGUUCGAAGAUUUUACUCCCGUACAACUUUGGGAUAUCUUGAAUAAGAAAUUAGCGGCUCGGAACUUGCAGGCAACGAAAGAAGGAUUAGCGACCGCGAUGGAGGUCUUGAACCGAGCCCGAAUGCGCCAAGGCUUCAGCAAUGGAAGAGAAGUGGAUAAUAUUCUGUCUUCAGCAAUGGAGAACCACUUACAAAGACAGUCGAAGACAAAUGGGCCUAACUAUGGUCAUGAUAUGAUCCUAAGUCCAGAGGAUUUUGAUCCAGACUACGGCCGAGCCAAAUAUGCGGCAACCAAUUGCCGAGCCACCCUACAAAAUCAGGUAUCAAAGUCCAUCAUCAGUCAAUUGGAGGAAUACCAGCGAUUACUCAAUAUUACUAAACUACGAGGGGCUGGCGCUGCUUCUCUUGUCCCAACCUCAUUCGUCUUUAAGGGACCGGCAGGUACUGGAAAGACGACAGUUGCUCGAUAUAUGGGCACUUUAUUAUACGACCUAGGGCUCAUUGCCACCAAGACAUUCGUCGAGUGCUCGGCGUCAGAUUUUAUUGGCGAGCACGUCGGCCAUACAGCUCCCAAGACCAGAGCGCAAUUUGAGAAGGGCCUAGGAGGAGUCCUUUUCAUCGACCAUGCCCAUCAACUUAAUCAAGGCGGAUAUGGUACCGAAGCGAUCAAUGAGUUCGUCCGUCUUCUUCAAAAGCACAGCGGGAAAAUUGUCAUUAUUCUAGCGGGCCCUUCUGAGGAGAUCGAAUCACUCAUGGCAAAAGCACAAGGGCUCGAUAGCUCUUUCUUUAAGGAAAUAUUCUUCCAAAAGCUGACAGCCCAAGAAUGCAUGGCAUUCCUAAGGAAAAUACUAAGCGAAAAUGGAAUCAACGACUGCUUCUCAUCCAAUCAGGCAGUCCACCACAUUUUCACAAAUCAGUUUGAAAUACUGUCAAAUCUAACACAUUGGAAGAAUGCCAGCGAUGUGAAGUCAUUGUCACAGUGGAUGGUCAUGGAUGCUCUGACAAAUUGGAUCCCUCAAGGCCAAGGCAGCAUAGGGCCCAGUCUGUCAAUCACACAGGCAAAUCUUUACUUCCAGAAAAUGUUCGACAAGAAGACAGCUAUGCAAAUGAGCGACCCUAAUAAUAUAGUGGACCUCUUCCGCCAAACUGACUCUGCUCAUAUGGCGAACAGUUUCCACAUGUCAGAAGACAAGUCCGAGGCUAAGUGUGAGGCCAAGUGUGAGGCCAAGUGUGAGGCCAAGUGUGAGGCCACUUUCAAUACACAAGCUGUACACGCAGCCACAGACAUGAGGGUUUCAGUAGACAUGGAAAAGACAGCACAUGUGGCUUAUGAUGAGCAGUGGGAUAAAGUCAAAUCUGUACAAGAAGCUCUGAAGCAUAUUGGUCAAUGCGAGGCGGGUUUUGACUGGGUUAGAGAAGGAAGCGGCUACAGGUGCAAGGGCGGAAGUCAUUAUGUGACUGACUCGCAGAUACAGUCUUAUUCCUCAUGA